GAGAGGUAGCUAGAGAAGUAGAAGCAGAGAGAGAGAGAGAAAGAAAGAAAGAAAGAAAGAAAGAAAGAAAGGGGGCGGAGAUAGAGAGAGGGGUGGAGAGAGAAAGAGUUGGAGUUUGAGUCUGGCGCUGGGCUUUUCCUGCAGAGAGAGGCCAGCUUCAACCUCUCUCUCUCUCUGGGGCCGGGGCUUGCCUUGCUCCCUCUGGGCAGCCCAGAGAAGGAGGAGGCGGCGGCGAGGAGGAGGUCUCAGCCAGAGGAGGAGGAGGAGGAGGAGGAGGCGAAGAAGCCGAAGAAGGAAGGGGCCGGAGUUGCAGCCCUGCUGCUGCUGCUGCUGCUGCUGCCUCCUUCUCCUCUUUGUUCGCUGCUGGAGCCCGGGCCGGAGGAGGAGGGAAGGAGCCCCGGGAGCCGAAGCGGGCGAGGCUGGGUCCCUCCUUCGUCUAUGGGGGCUUCGUAGCGGGAGGCAGCUUUCUCGGGGCCGCCAUGGAGGAGUGGCGGCAGUGCGGGCGCUGGCUGAUCGACUGCAAGGUGCUGCCGGGGAGCCACCGCGUGGUCUGGCCCUCGGCCGUGGUCUUCGAGCUGGCCCAGGCCCUCCGCGACGGCGUCCUCCUCUGCCAGCUGCUCCACAACUUGGCCCCGGGCUCCGUCGACCUCAAGGACAUCAACUUCAGGCCCCAGAUGUCCCAGUUUCUCUGCCUGAAGAACAUUCGGACUUUCCUCAAAGUAUGUCACGACAAAUUUGGCCUCCGGAACAGCGAGCUGUUUGACCCCUUUGAUCUUUUCGAUGUACGGGAUUUUGGAAAAGUGAUCUCAGCUGUCUCCAGACUGUCGCACCACAGCAUCGCACAAAACAAAGGAAUUAGGCCGUUCCCUUCGGAGGAAACCACCGAGAACGAUAAUGAUGUCUACCGAAGUUUGGAGGAACUGGCUGAUGAGCAUGAUUUGGGGGAGGACAUUUACGACUGUGUCCCAUGUGAAGAUGAAGGGGACGACAUCUACGAGGACAUCAUCAAGGUGGAAGUCCAGCAGCCCAUGAUCAGAUACAUGCAGAAAAUGGGCAUGACGGAAGAUGAUAAAAGAAACUGCUGUUUGCUAGAAAUUCAGGAGACUGAGGCCAAAUACUACAAGACACUGGAAGAGAUAGAAAAGAAUUACAUGAAUCCCUUAAGGUUGAUCCUGACUCCUCAAGACAUGGAAGCAAUAUUUAUCAAUCUGGAGGACCUCAUCAAAGUGCACUUCAACUUCCUAAGAGCCAUCGACGUUUCCAUGAUGUCGGGAGGGAGCAGCUUGGCCAAAGUGUUUCUAGAAUUCAAAGAAAGGCUCCUGAUAUAUGGGGAAUACUGCAGUCGGAUGGAGAAUGCCCAGACGACUCUCAACCAUCUCAUGGCCAAUCGGGAGGAUGUUCGGCAAAAAGUCGAGGAAUGCACCUUGAAGGUUCAGGAUGGGAAGUUCAAAUUGCAAGACCUGUUGGUGGUACCGAUGCAAAGGGUCUUGAAGUAUCACCUCUUAUUAAAAGAGCUCCUCAGCCAUUCGUCUGAUCGGCCCGAGAAGCAGUCACUCAAGGAAUCCUUGGAGGCCAUGCAGGAUUUGGCCAUGUAUAUAAACGAAGUCAAGCGGGACAAAGAGACUUUAAAGAAAAUCAGUGAAUUUCAGAGUUCUAUAGAAAACCUGCCAGUGAAACUGGAAGAAUAUGGGAGGCCAAAGAUUGAUGGUGAGCUGAAGGUUCGGUCGAUAGUAAACCACACGAAGCAGGAUAGGUAUUUGUUUUUAUUUGACAAAGUAGUGAUUGUCUGCAAAAGGAAAGGCUACAACUAUGAGCAAAAGGACAUUAUUGAGCUGCUCUGCUACAAGAUGACUGAUGAUCCCACGAAUAACAAGGACAUCAAGAAGUGGUCCUAUGGCUUCUACCUCACGCACCUCCAAGGCAAGCAAGGCUUCCAGUUCUUCUGCAAGACAGAAGAUAUGAAGAGGAAGUGGAUGGAGCAGUUUGAAAUGGCCAUGUCUAACAUUAAGCCAGAGAAAGCCAUGGCCAACAACCACAAUUUCCAGAUGUACACGUUUGACAAGACAACUAACUGCAAAGCAUGCAAGAUGUUUUUAAGAGGAACCUUCUACCAAGGCUACCAGUGCAUGAAGUGCAAAGUUGGUGCUCACAAGGAAUGUCUGGAGAUCAUCCCACCCUGCAAAAUCAGUUCUCCACCAGACCAGGACUCGCUGAAUAUAGGUCCCAAAAUGGUGGCUGUUCAAAAUUAUCAUGGGAACCCGGCUCCUCCAGGGAAACCUGUGUUGACAUUUCAAACGGGAGAAGUGAUAGAGCUGCUCAGAGGGGACCCAGAGUCGCAGUGGUGGGAGGGACGGCUAAUCUUGUCCAAGAAGUCUGGUUAUUUCCCCAGUUCGUUGGUCAAACCUUGUCCUGUGGAUGCAAGGCCUCCCAGCACCCGACCCUCAUCGCGAGAGAUGGACUACUCGGCCUACCCUUGGUUUGCAGGCAAUAUGGAGAGGCAGCAGACAGACAACCUCCUCAAGUUGCACUGCAGCGGGACGUACUUGAUCCGCGAAAGGCCGGCAGAGGCUGAGCGUUUUGCCAUCAGCAUUAAAUUUAAUGAUGAAGUGAAGCAUAUUAAGGUGGUGGAAAAAGACAAUUGGAUCCACAUCACAGAAGCCAAAAAAUUUGAAAGCCUUUUGGAACUUGUUGAAUAUUAU